UUUCGUUUGUUUAUUUUCUUCAGUGACAUUUUAAGUCUUCCUUUCUGGUUAUUAAAGAAAUUUGUUAUUUAAAUAUUCUACGUUAUCAAAAUAAUUAUAAGAUUUAUAUUUUGACCAAAGCAUUAUUAAAUACUUUGUUUAAGAAGGUAUCAGGAAAGGAAUAAAUGGAGACGUUAAGCGAUUAUAUUUCCUAGUUAUAGUUACUAGUAUUUUAAACUUGUUUUGUUCCAGUUUAAGUGACUUUUUAUGUAAAAAAAGAAAAAGAAAGAUAGAGUGGUUGACCAGUUUAAGAAAAAUGAAGAGAUUAAUGAAUAUUAUAUUUCGGCAGCUAUUUGAUUCAACUAGUUGUACCUACACAUAUUUACUUGCUGAUGCCAAAUCUCGUAGUGCUAUACUUAUUGAUCCUGUUAUUGAACAUGUUGCCAGGGAUAUAAAAUUAGUUCAAGAAUUGGGAUUAAAUCUAUUUUAUGCUGCAAACACUCAUGUUCAUGCCGAUCAUAUCACUGGAACUGGAGAAAUAAAAAAAGUUCUAACAAACUGUCAAAGCGUGAUAUCUCUCACAUCAGGUGCUCAAGCAGAUCGACAUCUUAAACCAAUGGAGAUUUUAAAAGUUGGUGAUAUAAAUUUGGAAAUAAGACCAACACCAGGACAUACAAAUGGCUGUAUAACAUAUGUUUUUCAUGAAGGAAAGGUAGCUUUUACUGGAGAUGCAUUGUUAUAUAGAGGUUGUGGACGAACAGACUUUCAAGAAGGUGAUGCAUCAAAGCUGUAUGAUUCAGUGCAUAGUCAAAUUUUUAGUCUUCCUGAAGAUUAUUUAUUAUAUUUUGCUCAUGAUUAUAAAGGCAAUACCGUUACUUCAGUUGAUGAGGAGAAGAAAUAUAAUUUGCGUUUAACAAAAAGUAAAGAGGAAUUUGUAGAAAUUAUGAAAAAUUUAAAUCUUGCUUAUCCCAAAAUGAUAGACAAAGCAGUGCCUGCCAACUUAGUUUGUGGAUAUGUGGAUCGAAUUCCUGGAUAACUACUCAUAUACUCUUGCAAGAACUCUCAUUUUGAUCAAGAUUUUUUAUUACAAAUAACUAUUGUUUAUGUAUUGUUAUGCGUUUGCUUAAAAAAUUUAUUAAUGUUACUUAUCUAAAUAUGUUGUUUUUCUAUUAAUUUGUAUUCACUGAAAACCAAAAUUAGUUUUCACAAUAAAAUUUUUAACUGCAAUAAAAUUGCAAGUAAAAUACGAUA